CUUUUCCAAACAAAACACCACCGAGGAAGUAUUAUGAACUUCACAACUCUUGAUUUGAAGUUUCUAGAAGAUCUUUUCAAUAAGGAUCUCAUACCGCCAGAGGAGGAAUGCGGUAUUUUUGAACCAUUAUCUUCACGACGGAAGUACUGUCACAAAGACCAUCCACAGGGAUCUGGGCGAUUGAGGCAUACAUCAUGCAAUGUUGUCUUUAAUGCACUAGUUCCUGUUGAUGUACGGCAAUGCCCAUAUAUCUUAUUUACUUCCCAUGGUGUACAUGAACAUCCACCUCCUCCACCAUCGAAAUCCCCAAAAGCAAUCAUGAAAGGGAUUGCCAAUAUGGUUGUUAGUAUAGGGGACCCUACAAUGACAACAUCCCAAUUCCUCCGAAAUCCACAGCUUGAAGCAUUUUGCCGGGAACAUGGUGCCUCUACUCUAGCAGAGCUUCAUCCAAGCUUUGCUAAUAAGGAUAAGAUUGCUGCCAUGAUCCAGAAGCAACGUUUCCUUUCUUAUCCUAGUGGCCAGGAUAUCAAUGGUCUGAUUUUCUUAAAGAAUACUGACCAAGGACUAAAUGAAUAUAUCCAAGAGUAUCAUCAUGAUACCCAAGGUACCAUGGUUCUAUGUGGCUAUCCAGACCAGAUACAGCUGUUGUCAAGCCUGAAAUCCUUUGAGGUUGAUAUGUCUUAUAAGCGUAUCCGAGCAAAAAACCUUAAUGAGGUCUUAUUUGCUACAUUUCUUACUGAUCAGUGCAAAAUUAUUACCUUGCUACGAGUCUUUACUAGUAUGGACACUACAGAAGGUUAUUAUCUUCUUUUCAAGCGUGCCUUUGCACUCAUUCAGAAAGUCUCUGGCAAACUAGUUCUUUUCAACCAUCUUCAUGAUGCAGGGAUCUAUGGUAUUAUCCUUGAUAUGGACAGCAAGCAGUACACAGGCCUGGGUCAGUAUCUCUCAGAGCUGGAUCCCAAUCACCAUGGUGUUACCUGGCAGCUCCAAUGUGUAGUCUUGUUUUGCCGGGUGCAUUUUCAGCGGACAAUCUUGAAAGUAAUUGGUACCCAAAACUAUGGGUCUGAUUUAUGGAGUCGUAUGAUGAGCCUGUUGAAGUGUGAGUCUGAGAAGGAUUAUGAUGACUUAAUUGACUUAUUAAUCAAGUAUGAACAGCCUGAGGUUGGUCAAUGGGCCAUGCAGAAAAAGAGUGCUGUUAUCAAAGCAGGCUUAAAUCAGGCCUGCUCAAAGAUUGACUCCUUCUACUUCAAUAAGUUGCGGAAUCAUACAAAUGCAGUGGAGCAGUCU